CUUUCGAAGUACAAAGAGACAUGUCCCUCUCCCACUCCCGCUCCCACUCCCAUCAGCGCUUGUUUCUUUCUGUAUACUCUGCUCAGACCUACCCCCACCUACUUUCUCUCCCUCCGUCUCCCUCUCAGGCUCAUGGCGAUGCCACGUGCUGGAACCUUCGCCCGGUUCAUCUUCCUCCUCUUGGCCUUGUACUGCGCAGUUGACCCUUUCAGGCACAGCGCAAUCUCCGACUUCCCGGACUUCGAAGCCUUCGCGGUGGACAUGCCGGCUUGGUCCGAGGUCCCCACCCAGAGGGACACCCAGAACUUGCUCCAGAAUUCCGAAAUCAAGUUCCUCAACCAAGUGCAGGGCCCCGAGAGCAUAGCGUUCGACCCUCUUGGCCGUGGACCCUACACCGGCGUCGCCGAUGGGCGGAUCGUCUUCUGGAAUGGCCAGUCCUGGGAGGAUUUCGCUUACACAUCGCCUAAUAGGUCAGAACUAUGUAAUACAAAACCAUCGCCUUUGAGUUACUUGAAGAAUGAGCACAUUUGUGGCAGGCCUUUGGGGCUCCGAUUUGACAAGAAAACAGGUGAUUUAUACAUUGCAGAUGCAUACUUUGGACUAUUGAAGGUUGGACCAGAAGGUGGUUUGGCAGCAUCACUAACAACUGAGGCAGAAGGGGUGCCAUUGAGGUUUACCAAUGAUCUAGACAUUGAUGAUGCAGGGAAUGUUUAUUUUACAGAUAGCAGCACCAAGUACCAGAGGAGGAACUUCAUGCAGUUGGUUUUUUCUGCAGAGAAUAGUGGGAGGGUUCUGAAAUACGAUCCAACUACUAAGGAAACCACUGUCCUUGCGAGGAAUAUCCAAUUUCCAAAUGGUUUGUCCUUAAGCAAAGAUGGUUCCUUCUUCGUCUUUUGUGAAGGAUCCAUUGGCAGAUUAAGCAAGCAUUGGUUGAAAGGUGAUAAAGCAGGGACUUCAGAGGUAUUUGCAGUCCUACAUGGAUUUCCUGACAAUGUCAGGACCAAUGCAAAGGGUGACUUUUGGGUGGCGAUCCACUGCCGACGAUCCUUGUAUACUUAUAUUUCCUCAUUCUACCCUCAAAUUAGGAAAAUUAUCCUCAAGCUCCCAAUUCCUGCAAAAAUUCAGUUCUUGCUUCACAUUGGCGGCAUGCCCCAUGCGCUUGUUGUCAAGUACAGCCCAGAGGGUAAGCUUUUGCAGGUAUUGGAGGACAGUCAGGGAAAGGUUGUCAAGGCAGCAAGUGAAGUUGAGGAAAGGGAUGGGAAACUGUGGAUUGGGAGUGUUUUGAUGCCUUUCGUUGCAGUUUACAGCUUGACUUGAAGUGAAAGAAUCCCAUUUUUCCUGAUAAAGAGCUUUGCUUGCUCAUCCUAGAGGCAGUUCUUGUGGCAUCCCCCUCCCCAACAAAAAACCAAAGAAAAGUUCUCGUUUUCCCCUUAUUUAUCCACUUAAAAGAAUCAGACACGUUGAGAACCUGGACUACUACAAUGUAAUCUGGGAUCAUUUUGAUAUGUAUUGAUUUAUGUUUUACCUU